AUGCAAAUGACCAAAGUACUCAACUACAUGGAACUCGCCUAUAACUUGUGUCCGGACGCGUUGCUUAUUUUCGGUAUUGAUUGGCCCGACAUUUACAGAAAAAAAGCAGCUAAAAAACCGGACGACUUACAAACUACUCAUGAAGAAGCAAAUCUUGUCGUCGCCCCCACUGACGCCUUAAUCCUCCCCGUCAAGAAAGAUCGCCAACAAAAUCAAGAGCAGCCGCAGAAUGAGCACUCAGAAGCCCGCGCCGGAUCAACAGGAGAAAAUUUACGACAUCUCUCCGGAUUUGUCGAGAACACUUCAGGACGAACUCCUUUCAACAAGCUCAGAGGAACCUCGAACUCCCAGCCCGAUCCAAUUCCCAUCAAUCGAGUCUCUGGUCUCCAAAAAGCCAACAGAGCCGCAAACAGACCAAGUUGUCCCCGACCUCGAGAAAUCACCGCUUUAUCAACAAACAGGAAACCCUCCGAGAACGAUCAUUCAUACAGUGGGCCCGUGUACUGUGAACUAUCACGUGCCUCCCGCCGUCAAUCCGAACCCCUUCUAUUGGACUCCGCCGCAAGUUCAACCGUCGCCAGUAGUUUCGCCUGUUUGGCAGCCUCCUCAGAAUCUCCCGCUAGAAGAGUUACAACCAGCGAGCUCGUUGAUCAUAUACGCGAAUUCGCGACUUCGGCUGAGUCGAUCGGGGCACCUUUUGCAGAUAGAGCGCCUGUGCCACUGUUGCCAACCGUCUUGGACGUAUCCACAGGCUUUCACGGGACCGGAUCUUCAACAACAACCACCUCCUCGUACACAACAGCCGUCUCCUCCUUUGUCAACGAACCCUACUCAGCAAACUCAUGCAACCAAUUCCGCGAUCGAUCGACACGUUCAUUUUGA